UUCAUAGAUUAUUUAUUCACUAAUAAAGGGAUUAAGAAAAAUCCAAACUCAUUAAACUCUCACCUUGAAAUCUAGUCAAAACCCAAUUUAAAUCUUUCCCUUAAAUCGCACAAUUACAGACUCUGGAGGUGGAAACGUGGAGCCUGUCUUAUUCGAGCUGUAGACGCUCCGAGCUCUUAUUCAUCAAUUUCCCACCAAACUUCCUGCAACGCUACGUUUUUCUUUAUGACGUUGGGUAGUCAAGCCUUCCCACAAGAAAUUCAUUACUCUUCUUCCAUCACUCUUCUCCGUCUCUGUUUAAUUCUGCACCACUCUCUCUCUCUCUCUCAUGUCUACCAGAAUGCAUUCCUAUCCAAGCCCUGCGUCAUCGGAGAAAGAGAAACACCUCAAAAAGAAAGAAACUCAGCAGCAAUAUCUCAAGCUCAUCAACCCCAAACAUUUCAAAUACCCUCUCUUCCUCUUCGCCUUUCUCUGCAUAUGGCUUCUUCUCCUCUUCUUCUGCUUCCCCCAACCCUCCAAAACCCUCUCUCCUCCCAAAACCUACAACCACACCAAAUGGACGCCCCAGUCAUCGCCCCUUCCCACGUGCGACGGAGGCGCGUCGGUCUACGUCUACGAAUUGCCGCCCAAGUUCAAUCGCGGUCUCCUCCGCCACUGCCGCCACUUAAACGUCUACACCGACAUGUGCCCCCACGUGACAAAUGCCGGCCUCGGCCAACCCCUUUCAACCUCCGCUUGGUUCGCCACCCACCAGUUCAUCGCCGAGAUGAUCUUCCACGCUCGCCUGGAGAACCACCCCUGUCGCACCCGCGAUCCCCGCCGAGCCUCUCUCUUCUACGUUCCCUUUUAUGGCGGCCUUCACGCGUCCAGCAAGUUCCGUGAAAGCGACCUCGCCGCCCGCGACGCGCUCGCCGUCGAGCUGGCGGAGUAUCUCCGCCGUCAGGACUGGUGGCGGAGGCGCCACGGAAAGGAUCACUUCCUUGUGCUGGGAAGGACGGCGUGGGAUUUCAUGCGGUCCCCUGGUGGGCCCGACUUCGGCGCCAACAAUCUCCUGAUGCUGCCACCUGUCCGGAACAUCUCGGUGCUGACCGUGGAGAGGCACCCCUGGCGGGGGUCGAACCAACACGGGAUUCCCUACCCCUCCUAUUUCCAUCCGUCCACGUGGGAGGAGAUGUCCACUUGGCAGGAUCGAGUGCGACGGGCGGACCGGAUCCACUUGUUCUCCUUCGUCGGAGCCCCGAGGGUGGGCGUGGAGAAAGCGGCGAUCAGGGACGAGAUCAUGAGGCAGUGCGCCGAGUCGAUUCGGUGCGAGUUGGUGAAAUGCGGUAAGGGAGCGAGUAAGUGCUACGAGCCGGAGGAGGUGGUGAAGGUGAUGAUGAGGUCGGAGUUUUGCCUGCAGGCGCCGGGCGACUCGUUCACUAGGCGGUCCACGUUCGACUCGGUGCUGGCGGGUUGUAUUCCGGUGUUCUUCUCGCCGCACACGGCGUACUCGCAGUACGCGUGGUUCCUUCCGAGUGAUGGGAGUGAAUAUUCGGUUUACAUAGACGGGACGGGAAACGGUAGGAGAAUAGAGGAAGAGCUACGACUGAUUCCGGCUGAAAGGGUAGAGAGGAUGCGGAGGAGGGUGGUGGAUCUGAUACCGCGAGUCACCUACGCCCACCCAAACGCGACGCGGUCGGGGUUUCUGGACGCCGUCGACGUCGGGCUCGCCGCGUUGUCCAACCACGUCCAGUUCAGUUGAAUUAAUUUGUUAAUUCUGUCAAGAAAGUGUUGCCAAUGCCAGCUGUGAGCCGCCGCAUGGAUUGGUUGCUUAAUUGGUAGCAGUUGUUGGUUGGGACGUGCUAUUCUUUUUCUCUCAAUCUUUUAAUAACGGUUGCUAGUGGGGUUCUGAAUCCAUGGAUUUAUCUUUGUAUUUUUAUUUAUUUAUUUGUAGUGAUGCAUAUAUUAAUUAAUAUAAUAUGCAGGACGGUGAUGCAGGGAAGGGUUGAAACUUGAAGGCCGUCGCCGGCCGCAAGUGCUGCUGCCGUUUGGGACGUGUGUUUUUUUUUUUUUAUUAGUGUUUUCUGCUGUACAGAAACAGAAUAGGUUCAUUCAUACAUAAUUUAAAUUUUUUCGUAGCAUAUGUAUAUACACUUAGGGCAGUGGCUGACAUGUGCCCCGAGCAAUUUAGAUUAUAUGUGUAACGUGUGCGCGCU